AUGGCGGCGGACGAUCGACCGGAUGGCUGCGCGCAGUCAACCAUCGAGCCAGACGACGGCUACAACGCAGAACUAGCCUCUACGAUCGCCACUGACUUUGCCUCAGUCGCAUCUACGAUCCCUAACUACGUGUACGAGAACGGGCGGCGGUAUCAUGGAUACUGUGUAGACCAAUAUUUCCUCCCGAACGAUGAACGGGAACAGGAGCGCCUUGACUUUCUACACCAUAUCUUUCGCCUGACGCUCGACGGGGAGCUGUGCUAUACCAAGCUCGAUAACCCUGAGCGUGUACUUGACAUCGGUACCGGGACAGGGAUAUGGGCCAUCGAAAGCAAGUCAUCUCCGCGUCCUCAUAAUGUUGAAUUCAUGGUCGAUGAUGUUACCCAGGAAUGGACGUUUCCUGAAUCUUCAUUUGAUUUCAUCCAUAUCCGCACGCUCGGGGGCAGUGUCUCAGAUUGGCCGCACCUAAUGACACAGUGCUAUAAACGACUAAAGCCGGGUGCUCGGAUAGAGAUAUCAGAAGCUCGUGCACACUUUUGCUGUGACGACGAAACAUUCCCGGAAGACUCAAAGACGAAGCAUUGGCUUAACGAGUUCGGCCGAAUCUCACGUGAAUGUGGGCGUGAAUUCGAUGUGUUCCCCAGCUUUGCCGGCUGGAUGCGAGACGCGGGAUUUAUAGGAGUCGAAGAGAUGGAGAAAGUCGUGCCGUUGGGGACCUGGCCAAAGGACAAGAAGCUGAAGGCGAGAGGCCGCUAUUUCAUGGCACAGUUCCUAGGACAUGCGAUGGAAUCCUAUAGCACAUCGCUAUUUACUCGCUUUGGCGGCUGGAGUGCCGACGACCUCUGGAAACUGCUAACUAAUGUAACGGAAGAAAUCAGGUCUAACAAGAUGCAUAUAUACACCCAUUUUUCAUUUGCCAUUGCAAAGAAACCAGAACGAGUCUGA